AUGUCCAAUAUUGACAAUAGUAAAGACCACAAAGCAGCUGCAUCGACACCUAAUACUGUAUCAUCAUCAUCUAAAAACCAUCAACAACAAACAACAACAACAACAACAACAGUAGCAACAACAGCAUUAUCUAUACCCAAUACAAAGAUUACAGAGAUUGCAAACAACUAUCAACAAAUAUUUGAUCGAAACCCUGAUGACUUGCAAAAUCUACUAGAGUAUGUGGGCUUUCUGUCGACGCUGAGAAAGAGCGCAGUAGAAACCUCGACCACAACAAUGAUUCCACUAUCUUCUCCUCCAUCUUCUCCAUCCACUGCAAAUACAGCACCAUCUCCGCCACCAAUACAACCAUCUCAACAACAACAACAAUUUAGUAACAAUGUUUUCAUUCAUAUCGAUCAACUAAAAAAGAGUCCUUUUUUAGAAUCUGAUCUCUUUGAAAUAUCAUUUAUCAAUAUACCUACUAUCAACCAUUUCAAUAAAAGAGAACAUUACCCAUCUGCCACCUCAUCAACAUCUUCAUCAACAUCACUACAACAACAACAACAAAGAGCUGUCUAUAGCAGUUAUUAUAAUUGUACACCUUCUACAAACAACAACAACAACAACAACAACAAACCUAUAACAAAUAUCAACAUCGCUAAUAAUAGUUGUGGUAGUAAUAGUAGUAGUAGUAGUAGUAAAAAUAUUAAUAUAAAUAAUAAUAAUAAUAAUAUAAAUAAUAAGAAUAGAAUAGACAACAAUGGAAAUGAUAUUGAAUUUCAAAAACAACAACACUCACUGGAAAUGUUAUCAGAGGCAAAUAGAAGGGUUUCAGAAUCACUUUCCAAGAUUGAGACAAACAAUAUUCAUUCUGUAUCACCACCCUCUACAUCACCUAUAUUCAAUUAUAUUAAAGAUAAUGACCAAUCGAUAGCCACUACCUAUGGGACCAAUAAUUAUAUUUUGGAAAAUCUCUCACUAUCAUCCAAUCACAAUGACCAAGAUGGAGGAAUGAUGAUUGAUGACCAAGUCAAUAUCUCAAGCGGUUUAAUUGGGGAAAAACCACAAUCAGAGACAGAACCUCAAACGACAGCAGUAAGAAAUUGGUCUUUAGAUUUCUGGAACGCUUUGCAAGAGUUUGUACAAGUGGCAACUAGACAUGGAAUGACCAUUAUACAGGAGCGUGGGAAAUUAAAGCCAAGUAUUCCAAUCUACGAGAUUGGAGGAGUGGCUGGAGGAACAAAGUAUUUAAAAGAUGGAAUAUUUUUUAAAUUUGCAUUUGAUGUCUAUGGUAUAUAUGGUGGAGAUCAAUUUUCUUUCAAGGCAUCGGCACAUGAGCUAAAAGGUCUAAUGGGAUAUUUUAACUGUAAUAUCGAUGGUCUCUAUCUUCCAUUGAUGGCUUUGAUAGAUUACAUGGGCUAUCGUUUGAUUGCCACAAGUGAGCUGGCAAUCAAUAAAGAUACUAUAGUCUAUGGUUCAAAUGACCAAGGAAAGACAAUACACGAUGAUAACUCACUCAUGUCAUUGAAAAUGAAACAAGCAGCCGAAAUUAUGAACAUUAAAGGUCAUUAUACUGGAGAGUCUCCAAAUGAAAAAUUCCUUUAUUCUCCUUGUGAUAUUGAAGGUCAUUUAACACAAGAUAAUCACUUUGUUGUGAUUGAUACAGCCCGUACUUUUCCUCCAGAAAAACCAUCCGGUACUAAUCCUCGUACAGCUUCACAUCUUUAUAAUCUACUACGUCCUGAGCUAGUUAGAUCAAAUAAGACACCCCUAAGUUCAGAUGCCUUUACAAAAUUUUCCAAUCCACAAGACAAGGACCAAAAUAAUGAUGAGGUUGAAAAGGCUCAAAAAAGAUUAUUAAUCAAAAAAUCAAAAUGUUCAAGUAUCAUUGAACUUUCUCACAACAUAUCUUUGGUUGACAGCAUGCAUCGAGAAGGUAUCAAUAUGAGAUACCUCAGUAAACUUAAAAAAACAGAUAUACAUUCAUUGGAUAUUAGAUUUACCACAAUUAUCAACACUGAAAUAAUAGCAAGAAAGAUAAAGAAUAGGCUAAGGGAAUAUCAGAGGAUGAUCUAUCCCCAAUCUCAAUCAUCUCCAAAACUUGGGUCUCCAACUCAUCAUCAUCAUCAAACUUCUCAAACACCAUUGUUGGACCUAGACAUUAUAAACAAGAUUGUACAGUUUUUAAAUAGAAUGUUUAUAAUUGCGAUGCUACAGAGCCUGGAUAUUGAUGGUUUUUCACUAGAGCUAUUAGUUGAAAGGCUAUCUCAAAUGACAGGUAUUGUCUUUUCCAAUGGCAUACAUAAAAAAUUCGAACAAGCUCCAUUGUCAUUCUUUGUUGAUGAAAAAGAACAUGGAAAGGGUGGACCAAUACUUUUAGAAACCAGUGAUAUUUUAGAAAUAGAACCAAAGGUUAAAUUCCUUCACAUGGUUCCUUAUCAACAAGGUGUAUCUUUAUUCCAUCAAGCAAUUGCUGCAAUGUCAAAAGAAAAACAAGUUAAUCAAAAUAAUCAAAAUAAUCAAAAUAAUCAAAAUAAUAAUAAUAAUAAUAAUAAUAAUAAUAAUAAUAAUAAUAAUAAUAAUAAUAAUAAUGGUAGUUUAAAGUUUCAACCUCCUAUUUAUGAUAAAGAUGCUGAUAGAUUUUUAGAGUUGGCAGGGCAGAAAUUUAAACAAGCCAUUGAAUCAAAACCAGAUGAUUUUGCUAUACUUGCCCAUUUAGGAAUAUUGUUAGGACUAAGGGCUCAUAAUGCAGCAAAGGCACAGGACAGUGAGGCAGACAAACUAUACAUGGAGGCAGUUGAAAAAUUUAAACAAGCAGUUCGAAUCAAAAGAAAUUACCACUAUGCCCUAUACCACUGGUCCGAAGUACUCAAAGAUUGGGCCAGUACCAAACCAGAUAAUGAAGGUGCCAAACUAAGGAGACAGGCAAAGAUUAAAUUAAAAGAAUCUGGUGUUUUCCAAAAGAAGUGGUUCUUUGGAACGCUCGAGACCAAUGGUGCUGCAUCACUAUUAUCAGGAAAGGAGGCAGGAUCAUUUAUCAUUAGAAAUAGCAACAGUCGACCAGGUAGCUUUGUUUUUUCUUAUCUUUCCGAUCCCCAUCGAAAGGUACAACACACUCUUAUCAAAUCUUCUUCUCAAGGUUAUCAUGUUGAAAAUGUCCCAACAAGAAAAUCAUCAUCGUCAUCAUCACCUUUGACUGGUUCAAUCACCUCAAACAACAAUAAUAAUAAUAAUGCCGAGACACAACAACAACAACAACAAGUAAAGAUCAGUAGAACACCAACAGUUCUUUCACAACAAUCGUUGCCAGCCAAGACCAUACAUUACCAAUCGCUUGAGGAAUUUGUAUCUGAUAAAAUCAAACAAGGGUACCAUCCGAUUACAACCGAUUUUUAA